GAGCUCUUCCGGCCUCCAUUUUAGACUCGCUUCAGGGCCGGGGAGGCGCCUCGCCGUUUGCUCCCGGGGCAGCGGGGCCACCGCGGCUCGGGGCCCUUGUUGCGCGGCCCUGUUGUGUGACGCUGCCGGCGGGCCUGCCUCUUCCUCCUCCUCCUCCGUCGGCGGCUGAGGCCAGACCCGAGGCGGAAGCAGCAGCAGCAGCAGCAGCAGCUCCCAGCGGCCGGAGAUGGGCGGCCGGGGCCUGCCAGUCCCUCGACGCCGCUCGUCUCUCUCUUGCCGCUGAGCCGCCCCGCUCGCCUCUUCUCGCCGCCGCCGGAGCCGGAGCCAGCCCCGAUGGAGGCGCCCGUCACGCUCAUCAUCAAGGCGCCCAACCAGAAAUACACCGACCAGACCAUCAGCUGCUUCCUGGACUGGACCGUGGGCCGCCUCAAGGGCCACCUGGCCCAGGUGUACCCCAGCAAGCCGUCAACAAAGGAUCAGAGGCUGGUAUAUUCUGGCAGACUGCUUCCUGAUCACCUGCAGCUGAAAGAUAUACUCAGAAAACAAGAUGAGUAUCAUAUGGUUCAUCUAGUAUGUUCCUCGCGGACACCCCCGAGUUCUCCCAAGCCUGACACUAUUAGGGAUGACCCUGGAUCAUCAACAUCGAGUAGCAUCUCGAGUUCGGAACAUUCUGGCUCGACAACUCCUUCACCAACUCAAGAAACUUUGCAUUCAACCACCAGCAGUAGCUCUGAUGGCGUGAGACAUCGUAACCUUCCACAAGUCCAGAGCAACCCAACGCAAAGCCAUCCAUUCCCAUAUAUAGUGCAAGGCAAUGUAGGCAACCAGUUCCCUGGGCAAGGCGUGCCAGCUGGAUUCCCUGUGUACCCUACAUUCAGCCCACUCCAGAUGAUAUGGUGGCAGCAGAUGUACGCACGCCAGUACUAUAUGCAAUACCAAGCUGCAGUUUCAGCCCAGGCAGCGCCCAGCUCCGCAUCUGUCAGUCCUCCAGCCCCACAGCCUACAAAUUCUGGUCAUGCUCCUACCAACGAGCCCCCCGCAGCACCAAACGUAGCCGCCCAAGAGAACAGGCCUGUGAAUCAAAAUGUCCAGAUGAAUGCACAAGGAGGCCCCAUAAUGAACGAGGAGGACUUCAAUCGAGACUGGCUAGACUGGAUGUACACAUUUUCCAGAGCAGCUAUUCUCCUUAGCAUUGUAUAUUUUUAUUCUUCCUUCAGUCGGUUUGUGAUGGUGAUGGGAGCCAUGUUGCUGGUGUACCUACACCAAGCUGGGUGGUUUCCAUUCAGGCAAGAAGGAAUCCAGCAGCCUGCUGCGAAUAACAAUGCAGAUAUGAACCAUGACGGGCAAAACAUAAAUAAUGCUGGCCUUGAGGAGAUGGAGCGCCUUAUGGAUGACGGAAUCGACGAAGAGAGUGGUGAAGAUGUGGUUGACGUGAACGCAGAACAGCAUCCGGGGUUUAUGGCUUCCGCUUGGUCCUUCAUCACCACCUUCUUUACAUCCCUCAUUCCUGAAGGGCCUCCACAAGUUGGCAACUAGGCAAUGGACAAGCUGACCGCAAUAGAACAGUUGUGCUUAAAAGUGGACGUCGAUUCUAGUGGUAUUUUAAAUACAGUGCAAUUUCAAAAGAUUUAUAAUGUACAUUUUCUGAUCAUGGUCUAAAGAAAAAUGUGUAUUUCCCCCCCCCCCCCUUUCAGCUUUCUCCAGCAUAUGAAUAUUUUAAGCAACAGUGGACUACUUACAAACAGCUUUUUAAAAGAUUCUUCUUUAUCUAAAGAAGAAUAAAACGUGUAAAAAAAAGUCUUCCAUGUUUUGUUUUAAUUGUGUUAACAUUGAGAUGAAGAAGAAUUUGUUGUUGAUGUGCAGUGUCAUCCCUCUAAGGAGCUGUUUAAAUUACAAAAGGAUAUUCUUCAAAGUAGGAUGGGACUUGCAUAGGAAUAUUAUUUUAAGCAAAAAACAUUUUUUUUCUGGAAAACCUACACCCAGGUUUUGAGUUUAUGGCAACGCUUGCCUUGCCGAAAGCAUGUGUCCUGCCCCUCGUGCUGUAUCUGGCAAAACAGCUCUUCAAUAGGAAUGAACAAUGGAGUACACUACAAAUGUUUAAUACGUGCUGUACUACUUUUUUUAAAAAGACGUACUGGAAAGCACAGACACAUGUAAUUAAUUUUUUUUAAUAAAAAAAGAAGCUACAGUGGAAAAGAACACUAAUUUAUUUAGAUUCCUGAACAGAGCUUCCUUGUAAGCACCCCGAGCUCAUGUGGAAAAAGAGGGGAUCCCAGAGUCUCAAGGUAUGUAUGGAUUAUUGCAAAAGUUUUUGUUUUCAGGAUUGGAGAGUAUUUGGAAUGCACUUUUGCUGAAGUUUUGGAAUUUCUCUUUUCUUCUGGAAAAUGGGUAUUCUCAGUUAAAACAAGCUUGAAAUCCACUUGCAUCAUUUAGAGAAUUUCCUUUUUAUGAAUCUGAUUUUGUUAGUCAUGCUUUCAUUGUAGCCUAAACACUGCAGUGUGCUUAAUUUGUGGAUCUGGAACACGAUAAAUAACUGUGCAUUUUGGGA